AUGAUAAUUAAAUCAGCAAUACUAAAGAGCUAUAUUGUAUUUUUAGUUAUCAAAUUGAGUGUUGAAGCAUAAAAUUAAUGCGCUGAAGGAUGUUAAACUUGCCUUAAUAGUAAUAACUAAAAUACUUGCACUAAAUGCUUAGAAGGUUUCGAGUUGGAUUUAAAAAAUAAUCUUUGUAUCUAUACUAAAUGUAGUAAUAAUUUAUUUUUUGACUAGAGGUAAAAUAAUAGCAACAUAUUAGAUAGCAGGUGCGUAGCUAUAUGCAGUGCUUUUAGCUAUAGAAAUUAAUAAAGCAACCUAUGCUAAAGCAAAUUAAAAUGUUCCAUCCAAAAAAAAACUUAGUAAUAUUUGAAAGAUAAUACUUCUACAAAAGACUUUUUCAUAUAUUAAGAUAAUUACUAUAUAAUUUAAAAAGAAGAUUAACUUUCUAUGUAUAAUAGAAAUGAUCUCAAUCUUAUAAAAAAUAUGAAACUACAAGCAAGAGAUCUUUAAGUAUUUAAUGUAAACAGCUCCAUAUUCGUCAUAGGAAGUGAUAAUUUAAUAUCAAUUUGGGAUAUUAAAAACGGAUCAAGAAUUUCAAAAACAUUCAUAAAUAUGAUCUCUGUAAACUCUUUGACUAAAAUGGACUCAAUUGAUAACCGCUAUGUUCUAGCUAUAAAUAUUUAUACUGAAAAAGAAUCUGAAUUUUAGAUAUUUUAUGACUUAGCUCACUAAAGUUUUGCUUUAUCUAAUUCUAUUAAAAUAAAUACAACUGUUCUAUAAGAUAACUGUAUCUAGCAAUGA